AUGCGUGCAUUCCUUGAUCUGUGCGAGAGACAUGAAGUGGUGGUGGGUGAGGUGCAGACGGCGGCUGAGGUGGCGGGACAGGCGGUCGAGGAGCCGCCGCCGCCAGUAGCAGCCGCCAGCGGCAAGGACCAGGAGACUGAUGUGGUGGUGAUUGGCAGCGGCAUCGGCGGCCUCUGCGCGGCUGCCCUGCUGGCACGGUACGGCUACCGGGUGACGGUGUGCGAGAGCCACUACCAUGCCGGCGGCGCGGCCCACGGCUUUGAGGCCCAAGGCUACAGCUUCGAUGCGGGGCCCUCCUUCUAUGCCGGCCUGUCAGGCCCCCCCGGCGCCUCCACCAACCCUCUGAAGCAGGUGCUGGAUGCGGUGGGGGAGAGCGUGGAGUGCGCGCAGUACAAGCAGGCACGUCGGUGGGUUGUCUACACGCCUGACGGCUCCUUUCCCUGUAUCUGCGACGGCGAGGCGUAUGCAGCCAACAUCAGGCGCAUGGGCGGGGAGGAGGCGGAGCGGCAGUGGCGGGCGCUGGAGCGGCGCAUGCAGCCGCUGCAGGUGGGGGCCGCGCUGCUGCCGGCUGCCGCCAUCCGCGGCGACCUCGGCAUCGCGCUGACGGCGGGGCGCUACGGUCCCGGCCUGAUCAGGGCCGGCCUGGUGGCCAGGCAGCUGACGGGGCCCUUCUCGGCGGUGGUGGAUGAGGUGGUGACCUCUCCCUGGCUGCGCGCCUUUUUGGACCUGGAGUGUUUCAUUCUGAGCGGCAUGACCUCCAAGGACACAAUCUGCGCGGAGAUGGCCUACAUGUUUCUGGAGCGCAACAGCGGCCACUCCACCAUCAACUACCCACUGGGCGGCAGCAGCGCCAUCGUGGCGGCCCUGGUCAGGGGCAUCGAGAAGCACGGGGGCCGCGUGCUGCUGCGCACGCACGUGGAGGAGGUGGUGGUGGAGGGCGGGCGCGCGGCAGGGGUGCGGCUGCGGUCGCGCGCCGCCGGCGGUACCGCACCGGUCAUCCGAGCCCGCAAGGCGGUGGUCAGCAACGCCUCGGUGUGGGAUACCCUGCGCCUGCUGCCGGAAGGCGCGGUACCGCAGGCGUACCGCCAGGAGGGCCAGGCCACCCCCCGCACCGGCAGCUUUGUGCACCUGCACCUGGGCAUCGAUGCGGCUGGCCUGCCUCCAAACCUGGACAUCCACCACCUCAUCGUCAACAGCUGGGCAGAUAUUGAGGCGCCCCAGAAUGUGUGCAACGUGUGCAUACCGACCGUGCUGGACCCUUCGCUGGCGCCGCCCGGCAAGCACGUGGUUCACGCCUACACAGGCACGCCCUGCAAGCUGCGCCCCGCCGGCAACGAGCCGUAUGAGCUAUGGGAGGGGCUGAAGCGCGGCACGCCAGAGUACGCGGCAAUGAAGGAGGAGCGGUCCCAGUGCCUGUGGGCGGCGCUGGAACGGGUCAUCCCCGACGUACGGCAGCGCGCCGAGCUGCAGCUGGUGGGCACGCCCCUCACUCACGAGCGGUACCUGCGGCGGUACAAGGGGAGCUACGGUCCUGCCAUCUCGGCGCGCAACGCCAGCUUCCCGGGAGCCGCCACCCCGCUGCCGGGCCUGUACAGGUGCGGCGACAGCUGCCAGCCUGGCAUCGGCGUGCCGGCGGCCGCCGCCAGCGGCAUGAUUGCGGCCAACACGAUGGUGCCUGUGUGGAGCCACUGGCAGCUGCUGGAUGCCCUGGGGCUGUAG